AUCUAUCACUCCUUGACGCAAAGAGUGGCAAAGACGUGGAAAUUGACUUCGCAGAAUUUCUCAAGUUAAGGCUGCCCUUACCCAAGACCAUUAAUAUACAAACAUAAUCUAUUUAGGAAUAAUUAUACGCCUACUUUAAAAAAUAGAGAUAACACUUCUCUCGCCCUCUAACCAGACAUCUUAUGCAUCCCUAUUAUGAAGACAAUAAUCCUCAUCUAGCCUUUCGUCCUCGUACACAACCAAUGGAUAGAACUAUGAAAUUGAGAAGGGGCAAUCUUCAAAACACAAGAGGAGUUAUAGAAAUGGAGAAUUUAGGAUAGAAGAUUGUUCUAUUGAAAAAGGAUCUAUUGAUGGUUUCCAAUUUGAUUGAUCAAAGUAUAUAGAGAGAAAAGGCGAUGGAAAUUGAAAGGAGAUUUAAUUUUUGUAAAUUCAUCAAGGAGUUCUUGGAUCAAUCUAAAAGGGAAAAGGAUGGUAAUUCAGAAAUCAAACAAUGGCCGAAAGAUUGUUUUGUUAGAGAUUGUCCUGAAAAGAGCAACAUUAAUAUAGUUGAAAAGGCUGAAGAGAUGUUUGAUCACAUUACAAAGGAAAUUUUGAGUUGGAAGGAGCAUAAUGAAAUCUAAAAAAGAGAUAAAUAUAAAAAGGAAGAUUAAAUUGCUAGAUAUGAAAAACAAAUUGAAGAUUUGAUUAUAGAAAAACAAAAAUAUGAAGAAAAACCCAUUGUAUAAUAACCUCCUCCAAUCCCUUAACCUCCUGUUGUCCCUCCACCUGCUCCUGUGAUUCCUCAAGAACCUCCUGAUGAAAAAAUGGAAAGUGUUGCUAGGUUCUUAGCCACCCUAUAUUUAGAAGCCAGAAAAUAUUAAUUAACUUUUGAUUAGGUUCUAUCAGAUUCAUUUCCAAUCUAUAAAAUAUAACAUCCAUAGCAACCACUCAACUCUAAAAGUGUUUUCCCCUUUUCAUUGAUGUAAAUCGAAGGGAAUGAUUUAGUGUAUAAAGUUAGGAAGGAUAGUUGUCUAGAGAAAAAGGAUAAGGCCUAUUGGGAAAGUUAUACAGAUCCAUCAUUAUCCAGCACUUUAUAUUAUUAGAAUGACUAUUUUAGAGAAAAAGUUGAUGAAAUCAUGGAAAUGGCAGAUAUGGAUUAAAUGGUCUACGCUUAGAACUAGGAUGAUGAUAAAUAAGAUGAGGAUGAUAAAUUAUUUAAAAAGAAAGUAAAAGGAAGUACCACCAGACUAACUGGUUCUAAUGGAGGAUAAAUUAAAUGA